GAAAGCAGUCAUGCGUUGUUGAAUAGACAUCAGUCUUCUUUUAAUAAUUGGACUAUUCAUUUCGCUGUUAUCAUGUUUACCCUGUAUAUGAUCAUUUGGAUCACGCAUCUGAUAGGUGCAUCUGGUGAGGGAUGCCCAUCUGACAAGCCAUUCCUCAGCGACGUUGGUUGUAUCUCCGAGUGUCCAGAACCAUUCUAUAUAAAUGGUAUCAACUGUGUGGGAGACUGUGGAAAAUGGUUUGUUACUGAACACAGAACGUGUGUAGAAUCCUGUCCAAAUAAUACAUAUUCUAAGGAAACGCUGAGGCAAGUGUAUGCCACGCAAUACUUAGAACAAAGAUGCAUUGCAUGUUCACAUGACAAUGAGUAUAUAAUGAACGAAACAUGUAUUAAUAAAUGUCCAGAAAUUGGAGAACUCUCGAUCAGCAUCACUGUACGACAGAAUGUCCUGCAGUUAGGCUGUUCAAACAGAUGAAGACAAUAUCAAAUCUUCUCCACUACGUUUGUAUUGACAAGUGUCCAAGCUUUGAGGACAAUGGAUUCUGUGUGAACAAGUGCCCCGAAAAUAAAGUAAUAUUUAAUUUUUCGUGUUUAAUCAACUGUCCGUCUUCAAAUCCAAUUUUACUGUCUAAUGAAUGCAUAUCGGAAUGCCCUUUGACUGCGAUAUCUACUGGACCUUUUAACAGUCCGUGUAUUUUCCAGUGCAAUGGUGACAAACCGUUCGUGUCAUAUAAUAAAUGUGUUCACCAGUGUCCAGAAAUCGCGAAAUUAAAAAUAUACAAAGACGGAUUAAAGAUUUGCAUUGAUAAAUGCGAAAAAGGUAGUUACACUCAUAAUGGCUAUUGUGUGAAUAUUUGUCCAGCAUCCACAUUUGCUGUAAACAGUAGCUGCAUCAACAGUUGUCCAACAGAACAGUCUAUUUCGUGCAUGGUGAAAAGCGGACACCUAUGUGGAACUGAGCCACAUGACCAUUUAGAUCACAAAAUCUGUGUAGAUGUUUGUCCAGAAAAUAUGUUUAUAUUGAAUAGAUCAUGUGUAUAUUCAUGUCCGCAUGGAAUGCCAUCAUUCAAUAAAGAAUGCACAGAUAUUUGUCCUGUAGAUAAUCCAUAUCUUCAUAAUAGUACCAUAGAGAGAUGUUCAACAAGCGAUGAGUGUAAUGAAAUCAGGUAUUUACUUAAAUGCAUAGACAAAUGCCCGAAUGACACAUACCUAUAUAACAAAGUAUGUAUGCUGCAUUGUCCAAAUAAUACUUUCUAUAACGGCUAUACCUGCGUAGAACAAUGUCCUCCUUCGAAGAAUCACGAACAAAUGUCUCGCCUUACGUAUUCAACUUGGAAGAUUCAACAUAAUCAAUGGUAUUCAUUCCGUCGUGUUAAAAAUUCGGUGGAUAUAUUUAAAUGCGUUUCUACAUGUUCCAGUGAAAUGUUAAAGUUUAAUUCUAAGUGUCUACGUUCCUGCCCUGAAGAUUAUCAUUUUGUCAGAAAUAGGACAUGCACGCGAAACAAGUGUGAUACUCGGUUUACAUAUAGAAACGUAUCUGGAAUAUUCUGCACUGAGAGUUGCGAAACAUUUGACUUUGAACUCAAUGGUACAUGUGUAAAAAAUUGUCCAGAUUCUUAUUUCAUUUUAAAUAAGAGUUGUGAGGAAAAGUGUCCGGGAAGUCACCCAUAUUCUUUUAAAUCCAUAUGUGGAAAAUCGUGUAAGGAGUAUUCGGGGAAUUAUGCAUUAAGAGAAAUCAUCACUUGUGUUUCAGAAUGCCCUAACAAUAGUUAUGUUUACAAUUACAUAUGCUCUAGCUUUUGCCCGAAACCACUGUUUACAUACCGUAACGAAUGUAUUCAGACAUGUCCAGAGUCAUCAAAAUUCAUUAAUAUGUCUUUCAUUAAAACAACGAGCUGGACGCGACAUCAAUUAGAGAGCCACAAUAGAAAAACACCUGUUAAAAUGUGUGUAUCUGCAUGUCCAGAUAACAAGGCAGCUGUAGACUUAACUUGCGAAGCUACAUGCCCGGUGCAUUCACGAUUUAUAUAUAAUGGAUUCUGUACAAAUGGACCAUGUAACACUACUUUAAUGUUUCACUCAUCCGCUGGUAUCGUCUGUACCAAUAUAUGCCCCACUGACAGAUUCGAAUAUAAUAAGACGUGUGUAUUACAUUGUCCUCUCAGUUAUUUUUCUUUGAAGCAGCGCUGUAUUAAGGAGUGUGAUAUAGGACAGAUUGUGAACAAUGAGACCAUUGCGAUAAAUCCGCAAAGUUGCAGCUAUGGAAAUGCUCAAUGCACAAUGAAUUUUUUGUAUGAUAUACAGUGCAGGCAUGACUGUCCUGGCAACAAAUUUCUCUGGAAUGGUACAUGCUUAGAUGUUUGUCCUGUUAGUACCCGGACAUUCAAUAAAACAUGUGUUUUGAAAUGCCCAUAUACACACCAGUAUAUCAGUCAAAAUAAUGUCAAAGUUACAGUUUGGAGACAACAUUAUUACUAUGACGGAUACUUGUAUCGUCAAACUGAAGAAGAUAAUGGCAUUAAAGAAUGCGUGAAAAGUUGCUCAAAAUUUAAGUCUGGAUAUGAUUGUGUCGACAAAUGCACGUCGCCUCGAUCGUACUUAUUCGACAAUAGCUGUGUCAGUUCUUGCCCAGAUGGUACUUUGGCUGACCUCAGAGGGCAUACAUGUGUAGAAAAAUGUCCAAACGAUAUGGUUAAACAUGGACAUACGUGUCGAAUUAUUUGUGGAAAAAAUCAAUUGUAUAAAAACAACACAUGUGUGAAGUUUUAUGAAUGCAUAGAUCCAAUGUUCGAGUUUGCUGGAGAUUGCCUUCAGUAUUGUCCGGACGAUUAUGUUUGGUUCGUCUCAUGUGUCAAUAAAGUAGCUGUCGGAGUGUUUAUACCAGUUCUUUCUAUAACUACAAUAAGUUUGGUAAUAUUUGGUCGUCACACCUUAAUCGACUUUUUCACUAUCACUUGGCUUAUUUGUAAGACAGAGAACAAAAUAAAGGAAUAUUUGUUAAAGAAACCAAGAAAGCAAGCAGACAAAAGAAGGAACAGUACACUGAGAAGAGAUGAAAAAGUGUUAAUUUUGGAAGACAUGGACAGCAGUGAUGAGGAUUUGUCAUUUAAAAGGACAAAAAGUAGCAUUCACGACGGGGAGGCAGAAACUGUUUUAUGAUGAAACAAUAAAUACUGAACACAAAAUUAGUGAAAACCUGAUUAAAAUUGCUGAAUAUGAUAAUGAAAGAAUACACUCACUUCUGUGUUAACAUUUCUAAUUCCUGUUAAACACUAGCACAUGGUGACUUUGUUUUUUUUUCAGUAAUGAAUAUUUUCUUCAUAUUUGCAAUUUAUUGGACAUAGUUGGUAAUUAUUUUUUAUCGUUAGAAUAUCUCUAACAAACUAAUAUGAAAGUAGCUUCAAGAAUUGAUGCAUACCUGCCUCAAACAAACGUUGAUAUGAAAGGCAUUAACGUUAUUUUUUUUAAUCGGACUAGCAUAAAUCGUCAAUACAAUUACGUGUCAAAUAGUGGGCUUCCAAAUGGCAAUAAAAUACUUAUGCUUAUAGUAUUACAUGUACUUUAAGAGGCGUACAAACGCAAUAAACACUGUGGGAUCAUUAUUAUUAUUUUGUCAUCUUAAAAUAGCUGAGUUUUUUUUGCUUGCCCUUUAACAUUUUGAUCACAAUCACUAGCAUGUUGUACAGAGCUUAUUUUUAUUGUGUUGGCUGUGUUGGAUGUAGAGUCACACUGACACAAUUUAAGUCAUGUGACGACCUUUUCAGCUUUUGUUGGAGGAGGAAGACUCCGUGCGUCCCUCCAGAUAUUGCUUCAGGCAUGGAAGAGCACCUGGAUAGAACCACCGACCUUCCUUAAGUCGGCUGGACGGCUUUCUCACAUGUAGAAUUCUACACUCCAAGUAAGGUUUCGAAAUCACAUUUGUCAAGGGCAAAUGAUUCGAAGUCAGAGACAGCAACCAGUCAGCAACGGAGACCCCUUGUUAAUCAGAAGACUGACAGAAAUAAAUGUAUAAAUUUGGAAAUGCAACGAACUAAAAACUUGUUUAAUUGAUAUUUAAGUCUGAUACAUGUUUUGUUUGCAUAAAAUGGAUUUUUAUUUAAAAACAUUUAUUAAUCUUAGUCGAUUAAAUAACAAAACUAUUUUUAAUUAUUAUAUAAUACUGUCAUAAUAUAAUAAUAAAGAAUGACAUUUUCACACGACUUACUCAAUUUAUAGCAUAAGCACAUUACACCAGUUGUUGGUAUUGUUGAUUUGUCAUAUUAUUGCUGUGUUUGAUGGUAUUGACUGAAACAUUGAAGGAUGUGUGGAAAACUUAUCUUACUUAUAUUUUUAUAAAGUAUCAUUUUGGAUCGUCA